AUGGGUGGACGGGAGCUUGACGAAUUGGCGUCGCUGCUGGGAGUGGACGAUGUGGGUCGACAAAGUGAACAGUACCGUGAGGCAUCAGCAUGCCCCAAUUUUAGUUUGACACGGAGCUCCCUGCAGGUUCUGGGAUUGCAAUACUCCAUGAUGAGUGCAUCAGAUCCGAACACGAAGUGCCGGGAGUUCGUCAGUGCCAACGGUAGGGGGGCCACCCACUGGUUCUCGACCCUUGCAGACCAGAUGGCUGGGAAACCCUGCCAGCUGCAUCCCUGGUCAGCCAACGGAUGCUGCCCUGCUCCGGAGACUGCUGAUCUUAGCGUCAUCGGCGCGCCGUGCCAUCCAUUCAGCACGCACAGAGCAAAGAGGCGCGUGGAUGGUUCCGUCGCAAGUCACGCGGAGUACAAGAUCAUGACCAAGCAAGUCAUUGAAUGGCUCCAAACCUUCGAGCCGAAGGUGUGCAUCCUGGAGCAGGUGCUCGGGUUCGGUCAGGCGGAGGACAGUAGUGACACAGGCAGCCCUUUGCAACGGUUCGCUCAAGAUUUGGGCAGUGCUUCCUUCACGCGUGGUCAAGGGUACCGCAUGGUGAAGUUCGAAAUCAACAUGAACAUGUUUGUCCGCGUGAACAGACUUUGCACUGAGGCUUGUGGUGCCGACGAAAGUGGUGCAGAUAGUUUGAGUGAGCUGCUGAGAUUGCAAGACCCGGGUGAUCCUGAAGUUGAUGUCCGUGAGGACGACGGUUUUUCUUUCAAGCCGCAGAGAGAUUUAGCUACCCAGCGUGGGCGCCCCCGAGGCAGUGUCUUGCUUCGAGAAGCGCAGGAAGAUGCCGGUGCACGGCAUUUAGACUUGCAGCCUGUUUCCUUAGCUCCGCAUCCUGGAUCAGUUGAGUAUGCACGGCAAGUUCGGUCCGAGAAGGUUGCGGCCCGGAAGCUUGACACGCAAAGCUUGCAGACAGCAAACGAUGGUUCAGCUGUGCCUCUGUUGUCCACGAGUUCCAGCCUGUGGACAGCUUUGCGAAGUGUUGGUUCCCAUGUGCACCGCUGCUUGUGCAGCGCAGCGUGGUUCAGUUUCCAGAAUCAGCAGAGCGAAGCGAGACAGAACGAGAUGGUCACGAAAAUGUGUACACCCCACAGAGAGCAUAGGUCCAAGACUGUUUUGGCCGUUGACACAAACACAACAGCUCCGACAGUCUCGCGAGAGCUGAUACGUGUUACAGCAGCUUUGUUCGAGGGCGGCAACCUUCUCUGGGGCGGUAUGGUGCAUGCGUUGGCUGCUGCCAUACGAUCUGGCGGCAUGGUUCCUCUCCUUUAUGUGAGCAAGCUCAUGUUCGACGAGACUCCCACCAGAGUUCGUGUGAGAGCAGACGAUGUUGUGCCUUGGUCUGCUGCCAGCACAGACCAAUCGGAGCGGGCGAAGGUGAUGCAAGCAGCUCAUGAAGUUCACAUGGUGCUGCAGGACUGCCGCACUGGCAAAACUGCCCAUGUGCGAGGCUCAAAUCCCGUUUCGCUGCAGGUCAUAGACCGCACCACUGCCGAGUGCACCAAAGCAUGCUUGAUGACGGCAAUGGUGGACAUACCGGGCCUGCAGGAUUGUGCCAACCUCUUUCCUUUCAGAGUGCUCCUGGGCACUCAUGACCGGUAUGCUGCGAAUUCCAAGGCAAUGCGUUCUAUGGUCUACGACUUCAUGGGAGAAGCACCGUACAAGAAAUGGGUGGCUGCAUCAUUCACCUGUGAUGUCCACAAGACAGAUCAAGUGAGAAGGCACUGUACCCGCAUCCUGGAGUAUGACGUCAGCUGUAUGCUGGCCUCGGCACUCAGUCAGGAUGGGCCGGACACAGUUGUGAGACUGCGCCGCAUUUUGAACGAGAUCCUGCAGUCCAGGUUAGACAUCCGGCACAGCCCUCCGCCAGACGGCGACAUCAAGGAACAUCGCCAGCAGGUGCACGACCUGUAUUUGCCCGUGCCCUCAGACGUGCACAUGAAUCCAAGGUCACGGACACCUGGAACGUUGGUGCGGUUACGACAACGUUUCAUCAUAAUGUCUCUCUUGAACGGCGACCUGCAGAAGAAUGCUGUGGUCCAUUGGUGCACUUUCGGGUGCUGCAAAAAUGAAGAUGAUACGAGACGCAAAGUGCGAGACUACCUGGUCUGUGCUUUGGUGCCGCACAAGGCGCCGAAGUAUGCGCGUUCGCGCUGGUGGCUUGUCUGCAACCUGCCCUCCGCCCUGCCGCAUUGUACCCUGAACCUUUACGCCCUGCAGGGCGCAGCUGGCACAGAUGACCUCGACUUACUGGAGGAUCUUGUGGGAGCCGCGAAGCCUGAUCUGCUGCAGGCUCUCCCUGUUCCGACUCCUCCAGUGGACGAUGAGGACGACUUCCUCGUGGACGAGAAAGAUGACGAAGUUCCGCCAGAGGAACGCCGACAGGCUCAUGCCUUGCGUGCAGCCAGGUGGGGAUGUGCUCAGCCUGGUCCGCGAAUUGCAAUCCUGCAUCAGCUUUUGUCUGCAGUUGCAGAGUUCAUGGGCGAGAGUUUACGCUUGAGCUCUGAAGCUUGGGAGGAGGAGCAAGCCAGGAAGCGGCUACAGGGGCAGGGCGGCACUUACCGUGUCGUGGCUGCCUGGGCUGGGGAUGCUUUAGAGUCGCUCUUCGUGGAUAUCUGCUGCCGCUGGAGCGAGCCGCCCAAGGCUUUGCCUAGAGACGCUCAAACCUUUUCGUCGCGGGCGCUGGCGUUCCGCGCCUUGUCGCGGGCGGCUUGCUGUGCACACAGCCUGCUACGGAAGCCCCGCGCAGGCUAUCCGUACAAGCUGUUUUCUGCUUUGACAGUGCAGGACCCUGAGGCCAAUCCAUUUGCCACUGUGGAGCAAGAUCCGGCUUGUCUGCAUGAUGCACUUACGCAGCAGUUCCUGCAUCACUUUAGGCCCUCGGACACCGCUGCGAAGAGGAAGCUGGCUGUUCAGUCGCUCGAGGUGUUGGCUGCUUGCAUUGAUCUGGACAUCGCCACUGUGGAGUGCAAGCACGCGUCGGUUCGCCGCACUACACACCAAUGUAGUUUGCAGACCUGGCUCUCACGGUUGGAGGAUGUCAACGUCGACUGGGUUGCACGCCAGCUGUCGCUGAGGUCAAGCAAGAGUCUGCAAACUCGGGAGGAGGCCAGGAAGGCUGCUGCUCCCAAAAAGAAGACUGCUGCUGAACCGAAACGCAAGCAAGGCGGCGGUGGUGGUGCAUACCGAGCCUUCCUGAGCAUGCGCCACACUGGUUCUCGCUUCAAAGCUGAGGAUGGCCAGAACUAUCGCGCCCUGCCACCGACAGACAAGGCUUUUUUUGAGACCAUGGGGGCCCGUGGGACGAUAGCCUGGCGAAGCGGGCAUCGGAGCUUCGGCCCUCGCGCGCCGCAUGAGGCGCCUGUGGAGGCUCUGCCAGGCAGUGAGACGGCAUCCGGGUCUGUUGUCCUUGCAGGACCCGGUCCGCUCGCGGCAGUGAGUGCUUGCAGCUUUGAAGAAGACUUGCAGAAGAUCCGUGUGAAGUUUUUGCAGCAAUCCAAGCACAUCACCCGUGGUGAACGCGAGCAAGUGAAGCAGUCUCUUCGCAAGGAGAUUGCAUUGUUAGACGACCAGCAGUUCCAGCUUCUGCCUUCUGUGCCUGCAAGCCAAACUUUCGCAGCAGCGGGCUCCUCCGUGUCUGCCGGGCAUGUGCAGCUGACUUGGAUGCCACCUUGUGAGGAGUUUGCCAAGGCUGCGCUAAGCCAAGACAACAAGUCCGCGAAGAAACUGUCGUUGGCACAGACACUCGUGGAGUCGUGGUCGCAGCGGUCUCGUGUGAUCCGCCAUGCAGAGCAGCAGGUGAUUUCAUUUUCGGACAGAAGCAAAGUGGCUCGGAUGUGGCGCGCGAAGAAAUGCUUCCAGCACGGUGUGUGCUCAGACGAGCAGGGAGCUGCGUUGUUGAAGUAUGUCAGCAAAUUCCGGGCACACAUGAAAAGCAAUUGCUGGUCCCAGCCAUCGGCCAAAGACAAGAAGAAAUCAGAAGCGAGGGUGCUGCUGGAGGCAUCCAUGCUCGUGCUGCGUUUCUCGGUUGCCCUUGCGGACGAGGACUGGAAGCAGUACUGUGAGCGCCGCGAGGGCAAGAGCGAUGGAGUGCCCCAGCACUUCUGGCUUCAUCCUGGCUACAUCAAUUUCACGACCUGGCACAUGAGUUUCACGCGUCUGCAUCUGCGAGAUCUCCGCCUGCUCCCGGCGGAUCUGCAGGUGGUGGAUCUUGCGCACGCAUCUGCACACGACGACCCGCAGGUCCUCGAUUGGGUUUCGGAGUACGACGUGCGCACCGACGUGGACAUGUUUGCAUCCCUCAUGGACUUCAGCCUUCCCUACGUGAUGCGCGGCUACUACAUGAAUGCCGGCCGGCAGCUCUUGCCUGUGGCAGAGAUGAAGUGUGGCUUUGUGCAGGUGGUCCUCUACCCGGACCUCCAAGACAGACUUCUCUGGGGAGGGAUGGACGAUAAAGGAGAGGACCGCGAACAGCCAGACUCAAUGCAUCGGCAGAAGCGGCAGCGACAGGACAUCCCACGCCGUGGCCCUGGCGUGGAUGCUGCUAGCAAAUCUGACGACCUUUUCGGUGAUGACCAGUACGACUUGUCCAGCUGUGCCCAGCCGGCAGAUGAUGAUCCUGGAAGCAAGAAGAGCGCCCGAGCAACUUUCCCCGCAGAGGCGCAGGCGGCAAAGGGCGUGCAGCCCGACACUUCUGUGGACUCAGACGAUGCGCGAUGGGACGAAGCAGGGGAAGACGUGGAUGAAAACAUCUCCUACGAGACAUCUUUGGAUGGCUCCGACGACCCCGACCGUGCAGGCUUGGAUGACGAGGCCAUGGCAGCCUUGCUUGCUGACAUCUCUCCGGAUCUUUCUGGCGGACGUGUGCCAGAUGACGCUUCUGCUGCGGAGGCCGUGGAGGAGGCUUCUGCUGCGGAGGCCGUGGAGGCACCGGCAGCCUCUGCAGUGGAAAGCGGCAUCCACAGCAGCAGUGGCGGCCAGGCACGACGGAGGUACCUUUUCGGGUGCCUGCUCUUGGUGAACUACGCUACAAUCACGACGGCUUCCUGCGGGCCCAUUGCGCGAAGCACGGGCGCGAAUGCAAGCGACAGCGUGGCUCCGACUUUGCCAGACGUUUUGAGUCAGCUGGCGACGAUGAGCCUCCCUCUGUGCCUUGAUGACGAGACGCUCCUGUGCGAGUUUUUGGUAAUGAUCUACAUGUUGCUCUUGCGACGUGACUCCUUCUCCAACACCGAUCUGCAGCACAUUACGUCGACACUGAAGGAGUACAUGGAGAAGCUUGCAAAGGAACCACCAUUGGAAUGGGCAGACAUCCUUCUGUCCGCCAAUGAUCCCGAAGUCGUUGCUGUUGGACGCGAGAACGGCGGGGGCCACCGCAGACGGCAGGACUCUGGGGAUGGGAUGGUCCGCGCAGGGAUACAGAAGCAACAGCGCGUGGGUGGGGGUGGGCAGGGAGGAGCUAGUGGCUUUGUUGCUCGCAAUUUUCUCACAAUUGCGCUCGCUAUUUUCUCACUAGUCCUCGGAUGCUGGUUCGUCGAAUCUCCUUGCUGCAUUUCGCUAAGGAAUCCAAUGGUUUUCCUAGCAAAUUCCAUAGGAAAUACUAGGUCCCUAGCAAAACUAGAGAGAUUCCAUACUGUGUCUAGGAAUUCUGGAGGAGUCCUAGGAAAUUAG